AUGUCACAUUUAAUUACGUUAGCCACUUGUAAUUUAAAUCAAUGGGCUUUGGAUUUUGAAGGGAACAGAGAUCGUAUCUUGGAAUCUAUCAAGAUUGCCAAAGAGAGAGGUGCUAAACUACGUGUUGGUCCUGAAUUGGAGAUUACUGGUUAUGGUUGUUUGGAUCAUUUUAUGGAAAAUGAUGUUUGCUUACAUUCCUGGGAAAUGUAUGCUCAAAUCAUUAAGAAAGAAGAAACGCAUGGACUUAUCUUAGAUAUUGGGAUGCCCGUAUUACAUCAAAAUGUUCGUUAUAAUUGUCGUUUACUAUCUCUAAAUGGUGAAAUAUUAUUUAUUAGACCAAAAAUAUGGUUAGCGAACGAUGGUAAUUAUAGAGAAAUGAGAUUCUUCACUCCAUGGAUGAAACCAGGUGUUGUUGAAGAAUUCACCUUGCCUCCAGAAAUUCAAAAAGUUACAGGUCAAAAGACUGUUCUAUUCGGUGAUGCCGUCAUUAAUACUCUAGAUACAUGUAUUGGAGCUGAAACUUGUGAAGAAAUCUUUACUCCACAGUCACCUCAUAUUGCAAUGUCAUUAGAUGGUGUCGAAAUUAUUACUAAUUCAUCAGGGUCUCAUCAUGAACUACGUAAACUUAACAAAAGAAUGGAUCUGAUCCUUAAUGCAACUGGUCGUUGUGGUGGUGUUUACCUCUAUGCAAACCAACGUGGGUGUGAUGGUGAUAGAUUAUACUAUGAUGGAUGUGCUUUAAUUGCCGUUAAUGGGAAAGUCGUGGCACAAGGUUCCCAGUUUUCAUUAAAAGAUGUCGAGGUCGUUACAGCAACCGUUGACUUGGAAGCAGUCAGAACUUAUCGUGCUUCAGUCAUGUCUCGUGGGCUACAAGCAUCGCUGCGUGAAAUUAAAUAUCAAAGAAUAGACGUUCCAAUAGAAUUGGCACCAAAGAAUUCGAGGUUCGAUCCAACAAUUGUUCCAUCAAAGGCGAGAGAUGUUUCCUAUCAUAAGCCUGAAGAAGAAAUUGCAAUGGGUCCUGCUUGUUGGAUGUGGGAUUAUCUCAGACGUUGUAAUGGUACGGGGUAUUUCCUACCUUUGUCAGGUGGUAUCGAUUCAUGUGCCACCGCCAUGAUCGUUCAUUCAAUGUGUAGAAUGGUAGUGAAGGAAGCAAGUGAAGGAAAUAAACAGGUCAUUGAGGAUGCAAGAAAGAUUACUCGUAGUGGCGAAGAUUGGAUCCCUACUGAUCCAAAGGAUUUAGCCUCAAAAAUAUUCCAUACUUGUUACAUGGGCACGGAAAAUUCUUCAAAAGAAACAAGAGAUAGAAGUAAGGAGUUAUCAAGAUGUAUUGGUUCUUAUCAUGUCGAUUUUAAUAUGGAUAAUUUAGUGUCAAGUGUCGUAUCCUUAUUUGAAGUUGCCACAGGUAAGAAACCUGUUUUCAAGAUAUUUGGUGGUUCUCAGAUUGAAAAUUUAGCUCUUCAAAACAUUCAGGCACGUCUUAGAAUGGUUUUAGCAUAUUUAUUUGCCCAAUUAUUGCCAUGGGUCCGUGGAAUUAAGAAUUCAGGAGGUUUAUUAGUUUUGGGAAGUGCAAAUGUCGAUGAAUGUUUAAGAGGUUACCUAACUAAAUACGAUUGUUCUUCUGCUGAUAUCAAUCCAAUUGGGGGUAUUUCGAAAACAGAUUUAAAGAAGUUCAUUGCUUAUGCCUCCAAAGAAUAUGAACUUCCCAUAUUAGACGAGUUCUUGAAUGCCACUCCUACUGCGGAACUUGAACCAAUAACAAAGGACUAUGUUCAAUCUGACGAAAUUGAUAUGGGUAUGACUUAUGAUGAAUUAAGUGUCUUUGGUUAUUUAAGAAAAGUGGAAAAGUGUGGACCAUACUCAAUGUUCUUGAAAUUACUUCAUGAAUGGACACCUAAGUUGACACCAGCUCAAGUUGCCGAAAAGGUCAAAAGGUUCUUUUUCUUCUACGCCAUUAAUAGACAUAAGCAAACUGUAUUAACUCCAAGUUACCAUGCCGAACAGUACUCCCCCGAUGAUAAUAGAUUUGACCUAAGACCGUUUUUGAUAAACCCAAGAUUUACUUGGGCUAGUAAAAAAAUAGAUGAAGUUGUCAAGCAAUACGAUGCUCAUAAAACGGAAGAAUUAGAUAUUAUGUCCAUCGAUUAA